AUGAUUUGGUUUUAUUUGCAGGGUCAAUGUUGUUGUGCCGGAUCACGUACAUUUGUACAUGAACGUGUCUACGAUGAGUUUGUAGAGAAAGGAGAGGCCCGCGCAUUAAAACGUGUGGUUGGCGAUCCCUUUAGAAAGGGUGUUGAACAAGGUCCUCGGGUUGAUUCUGAACAAUUUGAUAAGAUCUUGAAGUAUAUAAGAUCUGGGGUUGACGGUGGUGCUACUCUAGAAACCGGAGGCCAAAGAUUUGGCUCUAGUGGAUAUUAUAUCCAACCAACUCGUCACCCGAGAGAAGGUGGGGUUGGAGGUGAUUCUAGAUGGAGAAGAUAUGUUGAGGUUGAAUAUGCAUUUGAUAUGAUUAAAACUGACUUUGACAAUCAACUGCAUAAUUCAGGCACCUAUUAUUCUGGCAGAGGAACUGGUAUCAGUAAGUUUAGUACAGCUGCUUUAGAGGAACCGAUAACUCCACCCGUCAAGGUUGAACUCACCAAACUCCUUAUUAACGGACAGUUUGUGGAUGCAGCAUCAGGUAAGACUUUUCCAACACUCGAUCCAAGAACAGGGCAACUGAUUGCCAAUGUCGCUGAAGGGGAUAUUGAAGAUGUUAACCGUGCGGUGCCUGCCGCACGCAAAGCAUUCGAUGAGGGCCCAUGGCCUAGAAUGACUGCUUAUCAAAGAUCUAAAAUACUGCUGCGAUUUGCUGAUUUGGUUGAGAAGCAUACUGAUGAAAUAGCAGCUCUUGAAGCUUGGGACAAUGGGAAACCGUAUGAACAGGCUGCAUCAGUUGAAAUACCACUGUUUGUUCGUCUUUUUCGUUAUUAUGCUGGCUGGGCUGAUAAAAUUCACGGGCUCACGCUUCAGGCUGAUGGGCCUCAUCAUGUUCAGACCCUGCAUGAACCGAUCGGUGUUGCGGGCCAAAUCAUUCCAUGGAACUUCCCUCUUCUAAUGUAUUCUUGGAAGGUUGGGCCUGCUUUAGCAUGUGGCAAUACGGUGGUACUUAAAACCGCUGAACAGACGCCAUUGUCUGCCCUAUAUGUGUCAAAGCUUUUCCAUGAGGCAGGACUUCCUCCUGGUGUGUUGAAUAUUGUGUCGGGUUAUGGCCCACGUGUUGGUGCUGCUCUUGCUAGCCAUAUGGAUGUCGAUAAGCUUGCUUUCACUGGAUCCACUAACACGGGUCAAAUCGUUCUUGGCCUGGCUGCGAAAAGCAAUUUAAAACCAGUGACGUUAGAACUUGGUGGGAAAUCACCGUUCAUCGUGUGUGAGGAUGCCAAUGUUGAUGAAGCUGUUGAUCUGGCACAUGAUGCUCUGUUCUUCAAUCAGGGUCAAUGUUGUUGUGCCGGAUCACGUACAUUUGUACAUGAACGUGUCUACGAUCAGUUUGUAGAGAAAGCAAAGGCUCGCGCAUUAAAACGUGUGGUUGGCGAUCCCUUUAGAAAGGGUGUUGAACAAGGUCCUCAGGUUGAUUCUAAACAAUUUGAUAAGAUCUUGAAGUAUAUAAGAUCUGGGGUUGACGGUGGUGCUACUCUAGAAACCGGAGGCCAAAGAUUUGGCUCUAAUGGAUAUUAUAUCCAACCAACUGUUUUCUCAAAUGUUCAGGAUGACAUGCUAAUAGCAACAGAUGAAAUCUUUGGACCAGUACAGACAAUUCUGAAAUUCAAGGAUAUCAAUGAGGUGAUUCGAAGGGCAAAUGCAACUCAUUUUGGACUAGCUGCUGGUGUUUUUACACAAAAUCUUGAUACUGCUAAUACAUUAACCCGAGCAUUGAAAGCAGGAACCGUGUGGAUCAACUGUUUUGAUGUAUUUGAUGCUGCGAUUCCGCUUGGUGGUUACAAGAUGAGUGGGCAUGGUAGAGAAAAGGGAAUUUACAGUCUCAGUAACUACCUGCAAGUUAAAGCGGUUGUUACUCAUCUCAAGAAUCCAGCUUGGCUUUAGUUCUCAGUUUCUAUCUUCAUAUCAUGUGUUGUCUUAUCUUUAUAAAUGUC